UUGAAAAUUGAAAUCCACUCACUACUUUCACAGUUUCACGCUCUAAACCCUCCCUCCCAUUCCCCUUAUUUCUUCAUCUUAUCUUCCACCUUCAAUUCAACAUUCCCUUUCAUCUAAAUACAUUUUCAACCUUCAAAUUCACAGGCAUGGAUCAAAAACAGCACGAGGUUGAACAAACGGUCAACAUUUUACCCGCGGCUCAAAAAUCAUGCUCAGAAUUUUCGACUCCAACAAAAAAACCGUAUAUUCAUGAGACCCCAAGCUUUGACGUUGGUUUGGUCACACCGACACCUCAGAAGACCGAAGAGACUGUGAACAACAGGUGCAAAAAAGAAAAUGCUAAAUCUUCAGAGAAGCAAGCCAUGGAUCAAAAUCCGUACGAGGUUGAAGAAGAUGCAGAUAUUUUACCUGUGGCUCAUAAAUCAUGCUCAGAAUUAUUUAGCCCAACAAAAAAACCACAAAUUCAUGAAAUUUCGCAUUUAGAUUCUGGUUCGGUGUCUCCGACACUGGAGAAGACAGAAGAGACUGUGAAUGACAGUUGCAAAAAGGAACCUGCUGAACUCCCUGAGAAGUACAAGCUUCUUUCUGAGCUUUUUGACCGUAUGACUACUUCAUUAAGGCUGCUUAAUCUGCGUAAACAGUUGCCCAGUUUUCAGAAUAUACGUCGUGUAGUGGAAGCACUUACAUUGAGGAAGUUUUCUUACAAAAAUCUUGCACAGAUAAAGUUCAUUCUUCCUGAGGCCGUUCAGACCGAUAAGAUUUUAUUACACAACAAAAAGACUUUGUGCAUGGAACCAGACAUUAAAGUUACAUUGCUCUUUGAUGUCGUUGAAGGUCACAAUGAACACUCCGAUUAUAUCGCUCUUUCUCGUCUAGUUUCAACUAGACUUUUCAAAAUUUUCAAUGAACAUUCAGAGGAUUAUGAUGUGCCUGAGGCUGAACUACCAGAGCCAUUUAACCGAAAAGAAAUUACUAUUUCUGCAAACCCGUUACCCAUGAACUCAUCAGUCCGAAUACUACCAAAUGUUGAUGAAACCGAGCCACUUAACGCUUCUCACUUGCCUCCGUCUUUUAAAAGACGCUUCUCAGCAAUUCCGUCUGUGAAACAAGAAACGGCUCUCGAGGUUGCUAACGAAAACACGCCGAUGAAAAAUCCGUUAGUGAUUAACGAGUUAAAUAUCGAAACACCGGAUUUGUCAACUCCGAAGAGAUCAGUGGGUACUGAGGAUAACAAGCCUAAGAGCAUGGUUAAUUUGAAAACAAUGGGAAGCAGUUUAUUUGCAAAACGGAUCCUUGAUUUUUCAAAAGUUGAUGAAGAAAACGCGUUUUUGGAUGUAAACGUCGUUUCUGAUAGUGGUCCUUCCGCAAAGAAUUAACAAAAACGUUAGUUUGAAGUCGAUCACUCACUGAAAAGCUCAUGUAACUACACAGACUAACUUUCUCAAGGUGUCGAUUAAUGGUGGUCGGAUUUCAGUUUUAAGCUGCCCGAUUGUGGGUUUUAUUAACUUUAAGAACUCAUAGGAAAGCUUUUAUGGAUUUAAGAUGUUAUGUUUUUUGGAGUUCAUGCUUGGAUUAAGUUUAAUUAUUGAAGGAUGUUUUUGUUUUUGUUGAAGAUUGUUGCUAAUAUUUAAAGGUUUAUUUUGCCAAAA